AUGGAAGUUGAGCAAAAUCUGAAUGCGGCUAACGAGACUUUAAAAAAGAUACAGAAAAACUUGCAGCCUACAAUUUUAGAGCCUGCUCAUCUAGAAUGGAAAUCGUAUCUUGAGAAAAUGAAUCAGAUCAGUGAAUUAUAUGGCGAAUUAAUCAAUCAAAUAUCACCAGAACUUAAGCGCACAAUUACAUUUCCUACAAAAUUCGAUGUAUUUGAUACUACAUGCCAAAACAACGAACUUUCACAACUUGAACUUCCCUCAGACUAUGUUAACGAGCAAUCAAAAUACUCUCAAUUAUAUGCAGAAUAUCUUGAACAAGCCGGACUUAAUGAAAGUUCAAAAGAAAUGCGACUUAACGAAAUUAAAAAUAAUAUUUCUGCGCACAAUGAUGCAAUUUCAGAAUGCCAAGAAAAAAUACGUGAAGUCAUACAAAAUUCAGGAUUAUCAAAUAUCAAUACUGCUAAUACUGAAUUCAAAUCCGUUCCAAAAACGAAAUUCCAACUGUUUGAUUACAUUGACGCAAAUGACUCAUAUUAA